AAGAUGUCCAAGAUAAAUUAUUAAAUGAAAAUAACCCAGAUGAUGAACAGUAUGUAUAACUGAGGCCAUUUUUGUUAUUUACUUAUUAAUUUAUUGGCCAGGCCCAAGGUGGUGCAGAAAUGCUGGGUUCAGGAAUUGAACCUUGCCACAGCAAUGGCGUGAGACACAGAAGUGACAACACCAGAUCCUUAACCCAUUGAGCCACAAGGGAACUCCCACAUUGUCUCUUUUAACUGUCCAGUAAUCCCUGGAGAUGGACCUGUUUAUCCUCAUAUCACUUGUGAAAAUUAAACCUCAGUAAAAUUAUAUAACCUGCUGAGGAACACACAACUAUUAAGUGGUAACAUGGGUAGGAAACUGGUGUCUCUGACUUUAAAGCCUCUGCUAGUUCCAUGAUACCAUGUGAACAGAUUUGUCUAUGAACUAUAUUAUCCCAGCUCGACAGGGCAGGAGGUAUUAUUUCCUGUUUUCCAGCCCAUGACAUCUUCCAUCAGAUCACUUUGCCUGUUGCAUAGUCUGUAAAACACCUUAACAGUUGAUCACACGAUAUCUUAGCUUGUUACCUGAUUGUUUUAUGUAUAUUAGAUUCUACAGAAUUGGUAAUAUCUCCCUUCCCCCAGGCAGGAAUUGUGUCAUAAAUGUUAAGGAGCCUUAGUUUGCUUUUCUCCCAAAUAUCUACUUCACGGGACUGGCGUGGAGAUUAAAUAUCACUUGUGAAGGCAUCUCACACAACGUCUGGCACACGCUCUCCAGGAACAUUUGUUGCAUCUCAACCUCUCUCUUUCCCCAUCUCCUUCAACAAGUCACACAGGCUUGAGUCCCUGUGUGUGGCUCUAUCAGUUCUUGUUGACCAUUUGUAUGACAACGUUGGAUGGGACUGUUUUAGUUGGCACAUGUUGGCUUUUUCUCCCUUUGUGUCCUACAAAAGGACUGCAUCAAACUAAUACAGGAGGAGGAUGGAAAUGGUCCCAAACUGGGUUUAGCAAUCUACACAGCGCUUUGGCAUAGGUUACACUCUUACGCUGUCCCUGUCAGUUGGUAUAGUUAAGCGUAUUUUACAGAUGAGAAAAUGGAGUUUUAAGUCGCUAGUAAAUUGAAAAUAAUUAAUGUAUGGAACUUAUACACGAGGGUUGGGGAACCAGACCACGCAGCUUGGGGUUUCUUCCCCGCCUUCUGCUUCAGGCAAUGAGUUUCUUUUGAAUUCACAGAACUUUACCCUGGAUGUGGUCCGGUUCCUUUAAGGUCUCAGAUGACGUAAUGAUAGCCACGCCCUCUACCACCUCCCCUCAGCUCUAUUAAGCCCCGUCCUGGGCCAACCACCGCGCCACAUCCGGGUUUCUGGCUCAGGGAAAUUGGGCUCGUAACCAAGCAACUACUGGGGCACAAGCUUCGCGGCUGAUUUUCAGCCCAGUUAUUCGCGGCUCCUCUCUCAACUGCUGCCACACGCGGAAGCCGAAUGUUCCUCCCACCCCCACCCCGUUGCCAUAACAGCAGUACACAACGCCUUCUCCCUUGCCCCUCUACCAAACAACCCUUCCCUCCCCGGGGCCGAGACCUCUCCAGAAGAGCUUCUGGUUGAGCAGAACCAGGGUUUGCGCCCCAUUGCAAAGGACUGAUUGAGUGGGAAGGACGGGGACCUAGCUUGAUCUGACUCCAGAGCCUUCAGCAGGGAAGAAAAAUGUCAGAUGAAGAGGAUCUGGAAGACUUUGAGCCAGACCUGGACGAUCUGGAAAGGGAAGAUGACGAGAAGGAGAUAGAAGAGUGGGAGGACUACAGGAAGGAGGGAGAAGAAGAGUCCGAGGAAUGGGUAUCCACUCCCCUCACGGAGGACAUGAUGAAGGAAGGGCUUUCUUUGCUCUGCAAAACCGGUAAUGGACUGGCCCAUGCUUACGUCAAGCUGGAGGUUAAAGACAGGGAUCUGACAGACAUCUACUUGCUGCAUUCCUACAUCCACCUGCGCUACGUGGAUAUUUCUGAAAACCACUUGACAGACUUGUCUCCGCUCAAUUACCUCACUCACCUGCUCUGGCUGAAAGCUGAUGGCAACCAACUGCGGAGUGCCCGGCUGAACGAACUGCCGUACCUGCAGAUUGCCAGCUUUGCCUAUAAUCAGAUCACUGACACUGAGGGCAUCUCUCAUCCUCGUCUGGCCAGCCUGGAUCUCAAAGGGAACCGCAUCCCCAUGGUGACAGGUCUGGACCCCCAAAAGCUGAUCAGCCUGCACACCCUGGAGCUUCGGGGCAACCAACUGAGCAGCACCCUGGGAAUCAACCUUCCUAAGCUGAAGAACCUCUUCCUGGCCCAGAACAUGUUGAAGAAGGUGGAAGGUUUGGAGAACCUAAGCAAUCUCACUACCUUGCAUCUUCGGGACAACCAGAUUGACACUCUGAGUGGCUUCUCCAAGGAAAUGAAAUCACUGCAGUACCUCAACCUAAGGGGCAACAUGGUGACCGACCUGGGGGAGCUAGCCAAGCUGCAGGACCUGCCCAAGCUGCGAGCCCUGGUGCUGCUGGACAACCCGUGUGCAGACGAGAGUGACUACCGCCAGGAGGCCCUGGUGCAGUUGGCACACCUCGAGCGCCUGGACAAGGACUUCUAUGAGGAGGAGGAGCGGGCUGAGGCCGAUGAGAUCCGGCAGAGGAUGAAGGAGGAGCAGGAGCAGGAGGCUGAGCCCGAGGCUGAAUCGGAACUGGACCAGUCAUCCAUCUAGAGACUAAAGAUGCUGGUCCCAGGACUGAGAAGAUUCCCAGCUGGGGGGGCUGCCACAUGUACACUCCUCAUGAGACAGGUGAUGGCUUCUUUUGCCUAGGCCCUGGGGUGCCUAGGCAAGUGGCAGCCCUCAGGCAGGUCUGGUGGGAGCCAGGCCCGUUUGGGCUGAAAGGAUGCUGGAAGAAUUGGCUACAGAGGAGCUGCGGAGGUGGCAGUCUGGGGUAUUAGGAACAGUUUGGUUUUCCAAUAAAGAGCGUUUUGAUACUCUUGGGUUUGA